AUGUUAUCUAACAGAAUCAUCGAGCUGGCUGCCAUUAUAUCAACCAACACCGAGAAGGUGAACGGCUACCUCGAAGCCCAAGGCAUUCCCACUCCUUCAUUCAACGUCGAUGCCCCACCGAACCUAGGGAUCCCAAAAGAAGCCAUCGAAGUCGACAAUGCUCGAAGAAAGGCCCUCGCAGCAUCAAUCGAGCUUCAAGACCUGCUCCAAGGACCCAGCGCUUGUCUGAGACCGGUCAUGAACGGCACGUCUUUGGAUGCUAUCUAUGUCUACGACAUCGCUUCAAAAGUACCUUUGUACUCUAAUAUCUCUUUUUCUAACCUUGCGAAACAAUGCGAGCUUCCGGAAUUGGAUUUGAGACGAAUCUUACGCUUUGCGAUGUGCUGGCACCGAGUGUUUUGUGAGCCGGAAAGAGGGUACGUUGCUCAUACAGCGGCUAGUCGGCAGUUGAGAGACGAUCCGAAGGCGAUGGAUAUGGCGGGAUUGAUGUUUGACGAAUGCUGGCAGAGCAUGGCGAGAACGGUUGACGCGAUGCGUACUUUCAGCAGCAGUGAGCCAAACGAAAGCGGCCACGCACUUGCUCACAAUACCAAAGACAGCAUGUUUGAUUGGCUUGGGAAGAACCCAGAAAAAGCUCGGCGGUUCACCAGUGCAAUAAGCACUCUGGUUCCUGCAGGUCGAGAGGCAGCAUUUCUUCCCAGAGCAUUCGACUGGGCUUCGCUGGGUGCUAGUACAGUCGUUGAUGUUGGUGGUUCUUCCGGUGGAGUCAGCAUCCUCCUUGCACAGGAAUUCAAAGACCUAAACUUUGUCGUACAAGAUCUACCAGAGGCCAUCAAUGGAGCCGAAGAGAAGGUUCCCGCUGAACUAAGGCCUCGAAUCAAGUUCAUGGAACACGACUUCUUCACCGAGCAGCCUAUAGUUGCGGAGACUUUCCUCUUGCGCGCCGUUCUUCACAAUUGGCCUGACCACUAUUGUGUGAAGAUUCUGCAGAAGCUGAUCCCAGCAUUGAGGCAUGGAGCGAGAAUCAUAGUUAAUGAUGGGGUGGUUCCCGAACUCGGAACGCUUGAUUUAUUGGGAGAGAAGAAUAUUCGGGCUUACGAUAUGCUGAUGAUGACUCUAUUUAAUGCAAGAGAGCGAGAGCUGGAGGAUUGGAUUACGUUAUUCACACAGGCAGAUAAGCGAUUCAAGUUUGUUGGUGUUAAGAAGAUGGAAGUAGGGACGAUGAGUGUUAUUACAGUUGUGUGGGAGGACAAAUAA